AUGGGUGAUAAAAAUGGAAAAGUAGUAGCUGGUGGUAAUGGCAGGGGAGAUCGAUUGUAUCAACUGAGUUAUCCAACCGAUGCGUUGAUCGAUAAAGAGACGGAUCGCCUUAUUAUUUGUGAUCAAGGAAAUCGACGAGUUUUACAAUGGUGUCGUCUUAAUGGCACAAUUCAAGAAGCAAUCCUAAUGGAUAAUAUCCAUUGUUAUGGAUUGGCCAUGGAUCAUCACGGAUAUGUUUAUAUAUCUGAUGAAGUAAAGGAUGAAGUAAGACGAUACAAAAUAGGAGAAAAUAGCGGAAUUCUUGUGGCUGGUGGUUAUGGUGAAGGUGAUGAUCUCAGUCAACUCGACUGUCCAACCUACCUCUUUGUCGAUCAACAACAGACUGUUUACGUAUCAGAUAACCUGAAUCAUCGCGUGAUGAAAUGGAAUAAAGAUGCAACAGAAGGAAUCGUCGUUGCAGGUGGUCGAGAUGUAGGGGAUGCUCUAACACAAUUGUGGAAGCCAAAAGGAGUGUUCGUCGAUACGUUGGGCACCCUCUACGUAGCAGACGUCCAAAAUCAUCGAGUAAUGCGCUGGCCUCAAGGAACGAAGAGAGGUACUGUUAUUGUGGGUGGAAAUGGCGCAGGAGCUAGAGCAAAUCAGUUUAACGAGCUUAGGGGUUUGUCUUUCGAUGCACAUGGAAAUCUUUAUGUCGCCGAUCAUCGAAAUCAUCGUAUUCAACGAUUUUCUAUGGAAUAG